UGGCACAGACAGCUCUGACAUGGCAGAGGUUGAGGGCGCAGCAACCACCGACACAGCGCCCAUGGAUGACACCUCAGCCACCUCUGACAUGGCACCAGUCGAUGGCACAGCCACCUGUGACACCACGCUGGCUGACACCGAGUCAAGCUCUGACACCGCUCCAGCUGAUGUCAGGGCUGAGGCUGACGCCACGACUGAGGGCAUCACCAGCACUGACUGCACAGCCAUGCAGAGUGUGACUGAUGCUCCCAGUCUGGAUCUUUGGGAGCAGGAAGGUGUCCCCAGCACAGAUGAAGUGCAGAUCCUGGCAAGGCACCUGCAGAGCCAGUGCCCAGAGAGGCAGCACCUGGCUCUGCGAGAGCUGCUGGUGCUCAGCGUGGAUCCCUCCAUGGCCAAAAGCAUCUGCAGCCUGUCUGAGCACCUCCUGGAGCUGCUGCGUGAUGGAGAUGGAGAGCUGGUCAGGAUGACCCUCUCCAUUUUCCGGAAUGUGCUCCGGGACGAGGAAGACAGGGAGGGAUUCAGCCCCAUUGCCCCGAGGCUGGCUGAGGCGCUCCGGCCACUCUUUGACCACGACAACAGCCACGUGCAGCUGCUCUCCAUUCGCCUCUUCCGAGAGGUGAUGGAGUUGGUGGCGGAAGAGGGAACGUGGCUCUGGGAGAAGCAGGCGUGGCAGAGCCUGGUCCCCCUGUUCUUCCGCUGGCAGGACGAGAACCAGCGCGUGGCAGAGGCCGCUCGGGAAGCGCUGCUCUGGGCUGCAAGGUUCCUGCAGAGGAGGGACCUGGAGCAGCUGGUGAAGACCGAGCAGCACUUUGGGUUCUGCGACUGCCUGAUGGAGAAGGAGCUGAGCCGAAGGGGCGAGCACCUGCGCCAGGCCCUGCCCUUCCUGCAGAGCCCCCAGGAGCCCCUGCGAGAGGCGGCCGUCAGGUUCAUGGGGGUCGCCGGCUGGCACAUGAGGGAGCAGCAGGAAGACCUGUGGCCCAUCCUCAAGGCCCUUGGAGCCAUGAGCGAGGACGACUGCCCCUCCACCUCCAACUUGAGGAAUGCACUCAUGGCCACCUACAGGAGUGCAGUCAGAGCUCCACGUGCUCCGCUGAGGCGACCAAUGUCCCUGCAACCACUCGGGACGACAGCCCAGGGACCACUUCCCAGCGCAGCUGCAGCUCCAGCUGAUGCUGGGCCCAACUGAGCCAGCCGGCA